GGAUGCGCGCAUGCGCACCGGGUGGGAAGCGCAAUUGAAAACGAGCAGCUAUGCCGCGCCAGGCAGAAAAGGCUCUGGAGGUCUGCAACAACAGCCGACGCACGGGAGGACAGAUCCGGGGACGGUUGUAUCGGGAGGCGACUGGCAAUCGUUAACAUCUUCUAGCCCGAUUGACCUCCAGGUUUAGGGAACCUGCAGAAGGCAUUGUGGGCUAUUGACCGAACUCGCAGGCUGGCUGCUUCCCUCCCCGAUCCAUCUCCAAUGUUGCUGCUAGACGUCUGAGGAUUUAUGACGCCCGCCUCCGGGUUGUUUGUACCGACUGUGAGUCAAACUUGAACUGAGACAAUAAGCGGACAAGCAGCGGCGCUCACUAUGGUUUUAUUGGCGGUGCGCAGCAGCAAGAGAUGUCUCGAUCGCUGCUGGAUGGGGACGAUAUGCCUUCAGUUGUUGCUGUGGAUUUUAUGUGCCGUGAACGGAGAGGAGCAGCCGUUCAGCGUGGAGACGUGGCUCCAAAGGUAUGGCUACCUCCCUCCUGCAGACCCCAGAAUGUCAGUGCUACGUUCUGCCCGAGUCAUGCAGUCCGCUAUCGCUGCCAUGCAGCGCCGUUACGGCCUCAACGUUACAGGAACUCUGGACAGCAACACCAUAGAGUGGAUGAAGAAGCCCAGAUGUGGCGUUCCUGACCAGAUUGCGGGUGUAUCGAAAUUCAGCGUCAGGAAACGGCGGUACGCCCUAACGGGACAAAAGUGGCAACACAAACAUAUCACGUACAGCAUAAAGAACGUGACCCCCAAAGUCGGUGCCGAGGAGACCCACGAUGCCAUCCGGCGAGCUUUUGACGUUUGGCAAAACGUGACACCGCUGCGCUUCGAAGCCGUGCCGUACAGUGAACUGGAGCGAACCAAAAAAGACGUGGACAUCACGAUUAUCUUUGCCUCAGGUUUCCAUGGUGAUAGCUCACCGUUUGACGGCGAGGGCGGCUUCCUAGCCCACGCCUACUUCCCAGGGCCAGGGAUCGGCGGAGAUACACACUUUGACUCGGAUGAGCCGUGGACGCUGGGCAACCCCAACCAUGAUGGUAACGAUUUAUUCCUGGUGGCGGUCCACGAACUGGGUCACGCACUCGGGCUGGAACACUCCAAUGACCCGACGGCCAUCAUGGCUCCUUUUUACCAAUACAUGGACACUGAGAACUUCAAACUACCCAUGGACGAUCUGCUGGGCAUCCAGAAGAUUUAUGGGCCUCCUGACAAGCUCCCGCAGCCCACCAAGCCUUUACCAACGGUGCCCCCUGCUCGUUCCCACCCGCCUUCCGAUCCACGCAAACCAGACCGGCAGACCAGACCUCCUCGCCUGCCUCCCGGUGACAGACCGUCUCAUCCCAAUGCUAAACCUAACAUCUGUGAUGGAUGUUUCAACACCUUGGCCAUACUAAGAAGAGAGAUGUUUGUCUUUAAGGAUCAUUGGUUUUGGCGAGUACGGGAUAAGACGGUCAUGCCUGGGUACCCGAUGCUCAUCAGUGUUUUCUGGAGGGGUCUGCCACCCAAAAUUGAUGCUGUCUAUGAAAAUAGUGAGGGCAAAUUUGUUUUCUUCAAAGGAAAGCAAUUCUGGGUGUUUAAGGACACGGUGUUGCAGGCCGGAUACCCUAAGGACAUCAGCCAGUACGGUCACGGCAUGCCGGCUCAGAGCAUAGAGACGGCCGUGUGGUGGCAAGAUGUGGCCAAGACUUACUUCUUUAAAGGAGACAGGUACUGGCGCUACAACGAGGAAAUGAGAACCAUGGACCCCGGCUAUCCGAAACCCAUCACCGUGUGGAGAGGUGUGCCCGAAUCGCCACAGGGGGCCUUUGUCGAUAAAGCCAACGGUUUCACAUAUUUCUACAAGGGGAAGGAAUACUGGAAGUUCAACAACCAGUUCCUCAGAGUGGAGCCAGGCUACCCGCGUUCCAUCCUCAAGGACUUCAUGGGUUGCGAUUUAAUGUCGGCCGACCCGGGUCGCCCUCCCGCCGGCGACGGCAACACGGACGUGAUCAUCGAGCUGGACGACGAGGCCAACACGGUGAAGGCGGUCGCCAUCGUCAUCCCGUGCGUGCUGGCCCUGUGCCUGCUGGUGCUGGUCUACACCGUGGUGCAGUUCAAGAGGAAAGGUACGCCGCGGCACAUACUUUACUGCAAACGCUCCAUGCAGGAAUGGGUUUGAAAGCUGAUGAGGACAAAACCGGACCUGAAGGAUGAACGUUUGAAGCCUCUUUUGUUGGCGAUCAGAACCACAAAGGGCCCCGACAACCGGCCCCCUAACACUCAAGGCAUGACCUCGGGACAAGAGGAUUGCUGAAUCAGCCUUUUUUUUUUCACUGACAAGGGGAGCAGAGGGACACUUUGCGAGGAACGUGUCCCCUAAAAUGACAAUUAGACAGUUAGAAGAAGAAAAAAAAAAACUUGAGGUCCGUUUUCUUUUGUAUCUUUUGCCGGACUGCUCUUAAUCCGAAUCAGGGGAAGAACUUUAAGCGGGACAUACUCUUCCCACAGGCACGUCAUUGUCAUCUGUCAUAUCAGGUGUUUGGACAAAAAAACAAAAAUCUGUGACCCCACCACCCUAAAAGAUAAUGACUUUUUUUUUUCCCCCUUUUUUCAUUUUGUUCUUAAUUUGUUGCGCUUUUUAAGGAGGUUGUCCGUGUUCCCUUUAAAAUAUUCUUGAGGAAGAGACCAAAUGAAACCAAAUAGAAUCUCUCCAAAGAGGAUCACUCUUUUCUUUUUUUUUUUGUCAUCAUUUGAUGCAGCGUGAGAGCUCUGACUGUUGUGGCAGUCUGUUUGAAGACACAGGGGCCAAAACAUUCUGCAAUAUUUUAACUCGCCUUAAUUAUUCUUAAAAUUUCUCGUGCUUGCUUUUACAUUUGUGUUGUUGUUUUUUUCUAUACUGCUAUUUCUUUGUUUUAUUUGUAUGAGAAGCGGCUUCAAAAGCUUCUCGUCGUUUGGUAUUUCUGGAUUUUAUUACAAGACCCAGAAUGCUCAGCACUGGCUUGCAGAGCUCCUCUGGAUAAAAGAGUCGGCUUAUAUUCGGAAUAAUGUUAUUAUAAUUUGAAGGUUCCUGGAGUAAAGCCACUAUUUUGUGUUUUAUGUUUGUUGCUGUUAAAGUUUUAUCAUUUCCCUGCAGCAGAUUUCUGGUAACUUGAACAUCUUUGGAGUUGUUGGUUAAGUAUUUGUUUUUAUUAUUAUCAUGUCUUUUUUAUUUUGACAAGAGUGCACAUCCAAAUGUCAUUCGGUGUUUCUUGGAUUUUUUUUUUUGGAAGUCCUGUCUACUGCCUUUUUUUUUUUUUUGCCAGGUCUCACACAUCCCAAAAUGCUGUUUUCUUUCUAUCCAAGGACCCAAAAAGUCAAGAUCAGUGCCUGUGUCAGCAUGCAUGCAAGCUCUUACAACCACACAUGUGCUCAACGUGGCUUUCUUUUCCUUAAAAGCUAGGAGGCCUUUUUUUUUUUUUUUUUAUAUUGCCCAACUCCCAAUUUAAAGGUACUGGUAAAUUUAAAAACCAACGUCCAAUAGGAUCAAAUAGGUGCAUCCUACCCAAGUUGGUCAACUUUUUAAUGUCCUCUCUGAAUGUCUAUUUCCAUGAUCGCAGUCUUCUUUUCUGGUUGAUGCAAAUGGAACAUCUCACAUUUGUUUUUUUUGUUCGUGUUAGACUUCAGGACAGUAAAGAAAAAAAAAAUGUCCUGAUAGAAUGAAUAAAUUGCUCAAUCCAUGAUUAAAAGCUGCCUUGAAAUUG